AUGGCUACUGACGCAGCAGCUGAGAGAACAUCCGGGGAAGAGAAGAGGGAAACGUCUCCGGAGACGGAUGUUGAGCCGAGCAACGACAUUCGCAACGUCGACUCGGUCCCCAACGGAGGCUUUACUGCUUGGCUGCAGGUUGCAGGCGCAUACUUUUUGUUCUUCAACUCCUGGGGUGUUGUCAAUUCGUUCGGCACUUACCAGACAUACUACCGGAGUGAGCUUCUACAAUCCUCGACGCCCUCGGCCAUUUCAUGGAUCGGCUCAAUCCAAGGUUUCCUAUUGAUGCUUGUUGGCGCAUUGACCGGUCCAAUCUAUGAUGCUGGCUACUUCCGUCACUUGCUGUACACGGGCUCAUUCCUCGUUGUCUUUGGACAAAUGAUGUUGAGCCUCUGCACCGAGUACUGGCAGGUCCUUCUUGCCCAGGCUUUCUGCAUGGGCAUUGGAGCAGGCUGCUUGUUCGUACCGGCGGUUGCUAUUCUAAGCACCUACUUUACCACCAGGCUCGCAACUGCCACCGGCAUCGCCGCGAGCGGAAGCAGCCUGGGCGGGGUCAUCUAUCCAGUCAUGGUGCACAAGCUCAUUGGACGGGUUGGAUUCGGCUGGACGGCACGCGCUAUGGGCUUCGUACUGCUAGGCACGCUUCUGGUGCCGAUUGCGGUUAUGAAGGUACGCGUGCUGCCGGCAUCACGGCGUAAGCUGGUCGAUCUUAGCGCGCUGCGCGAGCUGCCGUUUAUGCUAUUCGUCCUGGGAGCUAUGGUCGGCUUUAUGGGGCUGUACACGCCGUUCUUCUACAUCCAGCUAUACGCCAUCAACAAAGGAGUUGCGGAUUCGGAUUUGGCCUUCUACCUACUUGCUAUUCUUAACGCCGGCUCGGUGGCCGGACGCAUCCUCCCGAACGUACUCGCCGACCGGAUUGGGCCCUUCAACACGCUCUUCCCUUGCGCGCUGCUGUGCUCGGUUCUGGUCUUCUGCCUCAUACCCAUCAGCUCGCUGGGAUCCACCAUCGUGUUUUGCAUUCUGUACGGCUUCUUCAGCGGCACAUUUGUGUCCCUACCACCGCCGGCCAUUGUGAGGCUCACGCCGGACCGCAGCAAGAUUGGCACGCGGCUAGGCACGGCCUUCUCCAUCAUCUCGGUGGGAAUCUUGACCGGCACGCCGAUAGCAGGCGCAAUCCUAAACAGCGAAGGGUACACGAAGGUCUGGAUCUAUGCAGGCGCCGUCACCAUGGCCUGCUCGCUUAUGAUGCUGGCGGCGAGGGGCCUGAAGUUCGGAUGGAAGGUGCUGAUCAAGACGUGA